UUUAGUCUACUGCGCGUUGUUACACGGCUGGUCGUCGCCGUUCCUGUAGUCGUCGUCGUCUCGUCGUUUCGUCAUCUUCGUCGUCGUCGUCAUCGUCGUCGUCGUCGUCGCCGUCGUCAUUCCGUUGCCGUCUUGACUUCUUCGGUCGUCGCGCGAACACGGUGUUCGCGCUACGCGCACAGUUAGUGACAAAAGAAGUUUGAUCACCAAUAUAAUGUUAUAAAUUUGAUGAUUAUAAUCAAACAUGGAGCUACAAAAUUGUUUACCUAUGAAAACUGGUGAUUUAAAUUAUCAAUUAAAUGAAAUUAAUGACCCACAAGAUAUCUUAAACAAUACACAAGGAUGGAACCCAAUGCCAUCGCACGAUAUUAUGGUACCAGUUCCAAUAAAAAUGCAGCCUUCACUUGGUAUUCUAGAUCCAAAUAAUCUCCAAAUAAAUACGUCAUGUCCACACCCAAAUGUCAUUCAUACAAGUCCCCAGACACCAAAUAUUGUAAGUUUUGAAAAUAAUGCACCAAUAAAUACAUACAUUGAGCCCGAUUUGCCACCGGAAAUUUUGCAACAGGGAUGGAAUAAAUUUUGGAGUAAGCGUGAAAAUCGGCCUUAUUUUUGGAACAGGUUAACUGGUGAAUCUCUUUGGGAAUUUCCACCUCUAAGACAAUUUGACGUCACGUCAGACCCUCUGGGAAUAACAAAUGAUGGGCACCACAGUGAAAUCAAUCCAAUUUUAAUGAAAAAAAGACCUGCUGAAGAAAUAGUCAUGGGUCCUGCUACAAAGAAAAUGAUAUUGAUUGGUCCGUGGGAACUUGAAAUACCUACAAAUGUCAUUAUAUAUGAGAGGGCACCAUCCACGCUGUCUCAACCUCAUCCAGAUAUUGAAUCUUAUCGUGGCCAUUUGGUUUCAAAAUUAAGGCAAUGCUACCAAGAACUUUGUCAAUCUCGAGAAAAUAUUAAUGCUCCAAGAGAAUCAUUCAAUCGUUGGCUUAUUGAACGAAAAGUAAUUGAUACUGGUAGUGACCCUUUAUUGCCCUCUCAAUGUUUUCCGGAAGUAUCUUUAAGAAUGUAUAAUGAAAUAAUGGAUGAUAUACCAUUGAAAGUGUUAACACCAAAAUAUACUGCUGAUGCUCGCAAACAACUAUCUAUUUAUGCAGAGGCAGCGAAAAAUCUUAUAGAGUCGAGAAACACAAUGCAAGAAAGUAGAAAAGUGGUUAAGUGGAAUACUGAAGACACAUUACAGUGGUUAAGAAAAACAGUUGGUGCAACAUAUAGUGAUUUCCAAGAACGAUUAAAUCAUUUAAAGGCGCAGUGCCAACCUCAUAUAGCUCGGACAGUCAAAGAUUCUGUGGAAGGUAUCUGCACUAAAGUGUAUCAUUUAUCUGUUGACUAUGCUCGUAAGAUCAAAGACAAAAAUAAAGAACUUUUGAUGGCACAAGGAAUUACAGAAAUGUCACCUGCUCCUGCUGUAUUAACUCUUCAUAAAGUUUGGUGUUAUCCGGUACAAUUUAUAACACCUGCUCCUCGUCUACCUCCUGUUGAAUACAUGGCUGAUAAAGAGCAGACUUAUGUCCGAUUCAAUGGUGAAAGGUUACUAAUUAAUACAGUAUACCUCCAGAAACUGGAACAAUUAUAUCGGUACAGCUGUUUUGAAGACAAAAAAAUGGAAAAUUUCAUGGCCAGAGUUUGGUGCUUGUUGAAAAGAUACAAUUCAUAUUAUGUUAACAUUUCUGAUACACAAGUAUCUCUGCCCGUGUCCAUUUUAGAAUCUCUGCACAAAAAUUUUGGGGUAACAUUUGAAUGUUUUGCAUCUCCAUUAAAUUGCUACUUCCGACAAUAUUGCUCAGCUUUUCCGGACACUGAUGCUUAUUUUGGAUCUCGAGGAUCAAUUUUGGAUUUGAACGCUGUUAGUGGAUCUUUUGUAGUUAAUCCACCAAUGAAAUGUGACGAGCUAAUUGAAGCAGCUUUAAAUCACAUUGACAGAUUGUUGACUGAAUCCAAUGAGCCACUUUCUUUUGUUGUAAUGCUUACGGAUAGUGAGUCAUCAUUUGUCAAAAAAUUAGAUUCUAGUCUGUAUAAACGACGUCAGGUCGUGGUACCGGCUUAUGAACAUUUUUAUAGACAUGGUUUCCAGUAUAAUAUACCAAAAUCUGAAGUUAAUAUACGGUCUCCAACAAGCACAUUGGUAGUAUGGCUUCAAAAUAAUGCUGGUUGCCAAAGAUGGUGCCCUAGCGAAGAUAGAGUUGAGGCUUUGUUAGAAGCCUUCCGACCAGUACGGGAACGUGACCGUGAUCGUCAGGAACUUCUGUCACCAACGCCCAACCCUCUAUUAGGCCCUCAGCCACUUCCUGUUUAAAGUUAAUAUUUUAAAUUAUAUAUGUAAGUUAUACUAAUAUAAGUUAAAUAUAUCAUAUUAUAUAUAUAUAUAUAUA